AUGGAAGAGCGACUGUGUGCCUUGCAAGGUUACGAGCUGAAAGGAGCUGAUAGGUUGUCUCCAUACACCAAGACGAACUUCCCUGAAAACUUCCAAGAACCUAAGUUCACAAGAAAAUAUGACGAAACGGGAUGUCCCAAGACCCACCUCAAAUAUUACAUGAGGAAAAUGGCUUGCUAUGCUGACAACGUGCCAUUUCUCAUACACACAUUUCAAGAUAGCUUGGAAGGCAUUACUCUAACGUGGUUCAUUGCGCUGGACAUUGAAGAACUCACUAGUUGGGAGGAUUUAACCAACGAGUUCUUGCAGCAAUAUCGGUUUAAUACCGAGCUCGCCCCCACGAGGGAAGAAUUGACCCGUAUUGAGAAGAAGAGGAACGAGUCAUUCAAGGCCUUUGCGCAAAGGUGGAGGACCAUGGCCUCACAAGUGAAGCCGGUCUUGAAUGAGAGGGAGAUAAAACAAUUGUUCCUUAAGACAUUACCCCUGAAUACUUCCAAGGGAUUUUUCUCCACCCGCGUCCAUUUGUCAAAGCUAUUGCCCAUGCUCCUCGAAAAAGAGGAUGGUCGCAAAGGAAGUACCAAGGGACAAUCCCCGAGGUUCGCCGGGUUCGAUAUGAAUAAGACCUGCGAAUACCACAUGGGAGAGAGGGGGCAUGAUGUAGAUGAUUGCAACGUGCUGAGAUAUAAAGUUCAACAGCUUUUAGACAAGAAGAUCUUGACUUUCAAGGAGGCCCAACCUAAUGUGCAACAGAAUCUUCUACCAAAUCAUGCAGGGGGAGUGAACUCAAUUUCCAAGGAGACGUGGGCGAGUCAACAGCCUUUAGUGGUGGAUGCUUCCAGGUUGUACAACUUCUUAGUGCUGGCGGGAUAUUACGAAGGUCAGGAUGAUGUGACUCCAGAAGAGAAGUUGAACCGCGUUUGCAAGAUGGUAGCCAUGGGGGUUAUGCACGGAAUUUCGAAAACCCCAGCUUUGUAUGAGGAAGGGGUGAUAGCUAUGAUAACCCCAAUAGUGAUUGAACUACCUGAUGAGGAGCCUGCUGAUGAUAUUAAGAUGGAAAUCACUGAACCCAUGGUGAUCGACCUUAUGGUCAAGGAGAUGUCGGCAAUUGAAGUCAUGGGAGGGAACGCAAUGCCAGUCACGAUAGAAUCGCCACCUUGGGAGAAAGAUGGAGUGAUAGUGUUGGAGAAUCCUCCCAAAUUUGAUCCCAAAGCUGUACUUUGGGACUACGGAACAACUGAGGUGGACACUGUCACGCGAUUAGGCCGCUGUUACGCCCCUGAUAAAGGAGUAGAAAAGAAGGCCGUGACCGAGGAGGAGGCAAAGCAAUUCUUGGCCGUAGUAAAGUCUAGUGAGUUCAAUGUGGUGGAUCAGCUGCAGAAGCUGCCGGCUCAAAUCUCCCUCUUAGAAUUAUUCAAAUCUUCCGAGAAACACAAGGAUAUUUUGCUUAAAGUCCUUCAUGAGGUGCACGUGCCAGAAUCAAUCAAUGAAGUCCAAUUGGAAGAGUUUGUUGGGGCCGUUCUACUGAAAGACCAAAUCUCCUUUACUGAUGAAGAUCUCCCCCCUGAGGGCCCUAAUCAUACCAAAGCGCUACACAUUUCGGUGAAGCAUGAGAGCACUCUUGUUUGA